CUCGGGCACACAGAGUAUAUGUGAUUGUCUAUAUAUACACUACCAUUCUAUACUCAUUUUGCUUCCAUUCAAUCAAAACCCCGCCUCACCUUGUCUAGAGUUCGAAUCUUCGCAGACUUACCCUGCAACCUUCUUAACUACUUUACUGCUUGCUUAUUUGCCCAGGCUUCACUUCACCAGGCUCAUUCCGAGUUCGAAUCUUGGCAUUCUCUGCUACCAAAUAUGGUUAAAUGUAAAACCUCGCCAAAGCAGAAAACCCCCAAUUUACACCAGACACAACAUUUCAAGGGAGUGCGAAUGAGGAAAUGGGGGAAAUGGGUCUCCGAAGUGAGAAUGCCCAAUUCCAGAGCCAGAAUUUGGCUGGGAUCUUAUGAUUUUCCUUAUCAGGCAGCUCGCGCUUAUGACUGUGCUGUGUAUUGCCUCAGAGGAAGCAAAGCAAAGUUCAAUUUCACCGACUCUCUACCAGAAAUUCCGUCUGCCUCUUCACUAUCUCCCGCACAAAUUAAAUCUGUUGCGGCCAAAUUUGCCUUGGCUGAGAUUCCGAGAACGCUGGACGGUGGCGCUACAUUUUCUGGUUCGGAAUCGCAGUCAUGUAUAAAUGGGCAACAAGUUUUUGAGGAGCCCGAUUGGACUCUGCUGGAUUUACUUCUUCAGGAUAUUGAGAACAGCCACUGUCUAAAUGUAGAGGAUUUUCUUCCACCAGAUGAGGCUCUAGAGGACAUUGAUUUCUUGAUUUCUUUAGCUGAUGUAAAAACAGAGGGCGAUUAUUCUUCAGAAAACGAACGGAAAACUAUGGGUUUUCCAUUUUCACAGGAACUGAUAAGUUAAAUUGUGCUUGAAAGACCAGGGAGAUUUUACAUCGCUGGGAAAAUUAAAUUUUUUUGUUCAUUUUC